UUGUAUUUCAAUGCUGUAACAUUUUGAGUGUCUCUGAGAACAGUCCGCAAAGAGGACAUUUCUGUUAAUUAGAGACACCCUCGAAGAAUCCGACACAGAUAUAAACGGCGCCAAAAUUGUGUUUCCAAAUCAAUAGAAUCGACUUUUCAAAAGAAGACAACCAUGAAGAAUCUUAUUGGUUUGUGUCUGCUGGUUUUGGCUUUCACAAUAUCCGAAAUAUAUGGACACUGUCAGACAUGUUCGAAGAAAGUGCGUCAUAGAGUAGGAAGGUUUUAUUUCUUCACCACCAAAACAUACCGUUGUCGUUGUUCAUUGGAUGGUGGAUGGAGUGAUUUUGAACAUGUCAGGUGGUAUGGUGGAUGCAGUGUAACUUGUGGAGCUGGAAUGGAAUACGGGUUAAGUACAAGGAAAUGCAACAAUCCUAAACCUCAGCAUGGCGGAAAACAGUGCGUUGGGUCUUCGAAAAGAGAACAAAGUAGACCAUGUAGACUUAAGGAAUGUCCAAAGGAUGGUGGCUGGUCAGAUUAUGGAAAUUUUAAUGACUGGUCAGAUUGCAGUGUUAACUGUGGGAAGGGUACAAAAUCGCGUGAAAGAACAAGAUCCUGCACGAAGCCAGAACCCCAAUCGGGAGGGAAAGAUUGCGAAGGAAGUGAAGUAGAUAUUCAAACGGAGUCAUGUGACAUGUUGGACUGUCCGGAUACAAUUUGCAAGGGAAAUAUAGCCGUGUAUACAGCCAAUUUACAGGAUUGCACUAAAUUCAUAGUUUGUAGCAAUAAGAGGGCAUUUGUGAAAGUUUGUCCAGAAAGUACCGUCUGGGAUGAUAAAAUAAAGACGUGUAAUCAUCCUAAACCAGGCACUAAAUGUAUUGAUAUAGAAUGCAACACAGGAGAAUACCUUCCACAUGAAACCGACUGCAAGAAAUAUUAUAUAUGUGCUCACAAUAAACCUGAAUUAAGAACAUGUAAAGAUGAUCGAUUAUGGAAUGACGACAUUAAACAUUGUGACUAUGCUGGAAAUGUCAAUUGUAAAACAGACAAGAAACCAGAAGGCCCAGUGGAUUCUUAAACAAACUAUACAUGAAGAAAUAUGAUAAGAAAUUGAUGCGCAGCAUAUUUGGAUAGGAAAUAAUGAAACCCACCCGAAGGAUUUGUAGGAAUGUAACACUCUUGCAAACGUUUUAAUAUCGGGUCAAUCACAAUAUCUAUGUUAAUGUUACUUCUGAUAA